CAUCUUCGAUGUUGAAGAGAUGGAUUCUGGGACUUGAAGCCCUGCCCCACCCAUCCCAGGAUCCAUCAACUGUGGCAAGACUGUCUGCCAUUUAUCUUCUGCCCUGACUUCCGUCUGCUUCCAGGCUGCUAAGGUAAUGACUCAACACCUGUACUGGCUUUCCAGCCUUGGUGAACACAGCUCCUGAUAUUGUCUCCUUGAAUAUUCUACCAGAGAUAUACUUCUCUUCUUAGUCUAAAGAUGAAGGUCAAUGUGUGGAACUUCAAAGAUAUGUUCAGUGUUCCUCCAGGAGCAGGAGCAAAUAAAGCUUCUUCCAAGAGUACCUCUUCCAGUGACCACUCAAGCCUGACAGAUUCACAGAUUUUGUUUGGCUCACAGUGUGGCCCGGAUAUAUCACAGCGAGCAUCCCAGGAAUACACCAUACCAUCCAAACAGCAAAGGAAUUCACAGUAUAACUCCCAGGAUAGUGACCCUAGCAUGUCAGUGAAAUACCAAAGCAAACCCCCGUUAUAUCAUAGCGACUACAAAGACAGGGGUACAUUUCAGACAUGUGGCAUUGGAAAGCCCAGAGGGAUUCUGGAGCAGUUUGAAGAAACCAAAAGAAAAGCAAAAGAAAAAUAUGAUAAUGAUCAGCUAAAGAGUGUGAUUUACAACAUUCAAGUUACUGUUGAAGAGCUGAAAAAGUUAAUCGGUCAAGUUGAUGAGAAUACAAAUUUGAGUUACAAAUCUAUAAUGGAGGCAGUGGAAACGGCUUCAAAUGCAAUGCAGGGCCUGACUGCAUCACAACAUGAAACACUGCUACAAGCCCUGUCUGCUAAAAGUAGCGUGGAACAAUUUAUGUUGGACCUAGAGAAAAAAGUUGAUAAUAAUGCUGGAGAAACAGCUCAGCUAAAAUGCGACGUGCAGUUACUUUUAACAUGCCUCGAUGCAUUAAAAUCACAUAAAUGUGAAGAGCGUGAGGAAACAUCGAAGAAGUUAACAUGGUUCUCAGAUUAUUUAAAGACAAUGGAAAACAGUAUAUUAUGUGAGCUCCAGAAAAUGAGUUCAGUUCCCAAGUUAACACUUCACUUAAAAGACAACAGUUCCCAAACCUCUCCAGAAAGUGUUCCAGAUAAGUCUCUUGGAGAACAUUCCAAAUCUCAGCUGGGAACAGUAAAACGUGAUGAAGAAGAUUCACCCUUGUCUCAGUCGAACUUGCCAAUGAGAUCUAAUUUAUCAGAUGAUAGAUUUGCUAAAAACUUCUGCGCAAGUUGCCAUGUUAAGGAAGAUACACGUAGAGAGUCUUCUCAUGCAGCACACAGGGAUUUCUGUAGGGCUCCCUUUUGUGGUUUCGAAUCUAGGAUGUUUCCCAAGAUGUCAGACUCUAACACUUUUGAUUGGUAUCAAAGAACUUUAGGGAACCCUUCAAUAAAAUCUACCCAGAUUUCACAAAUCAGGCAAUUGCCAAUAAAUAGUAAUUGCAAGGAAACGUAUUUAUCUGGAAUGGCGAAUACAUGUAGUGAUCAUGAAAAUGUUGAGGAAAAAAUGUCUCGAAGAAUAGGUAAAAAAGUCAAAGGGAAGAAAGGCAAAAAGCGCAAAAGACCCACGCGGAGAAAAAGAAGCCAUUGUCCUUUAGAAUAUAAUACAGAUAAAGUUUCCAGAGCUCUAGCUGAAAGUUCACAAGAUGAAUCAGAAAAUAUCUCCUGGGAAUUUGGUCGCGCAGUCAAAGAGUCAACUGAGGAUUGUGUCACUUUUCAUUCCGAGAGUGCUGUGCCCUCAUUACCUAUCGUUCCUGUGCCAAUAAGAAAGACAAGUGGAAAAAAUGUAAAGAAGCUUCCCCUUCUUUGCUCUGACAAGAGACAGAAACAGCUGCCAGAUGUGUGUGUAGGUGAGAAGGUUGGAGUCUCUACGACAGAACAAAAGCUCACAUGUUGGGAUUUCGCCUCGGAGAACAGCAAUCAUCUACAUUAUAGCAAUACAAGUGAAAGCGACAUGACCUGGGUUUCCCCUUUAAGACCUUUGUUUGAGAAUGGGUUAAAUCAGCCCCUUUUACAAACAAAGCAAAAGACUUUUUCUCUGUGCUUUGACAGCAGUGAGGAUUCUGUCUAAAUAUCACAGAAAGAACUUAGAAGGAGAAGGAAACCUUUCAAAUAAGUUGAUGUAAAAUUGAUAAGAGUGUUAUUCUAAGCACUUUUGCAUUUUACAUUCAUAUUUUUUUUAUUUAGAU